AUGUUCGAUUAUAUCACUAUUGAUUCGGCUAUGGAACAAGUGAAUCUUGGCGGUACAAUGCUCGAAUCAGUGGCAUUAGAACAGUCAGAUUCUAUCACGAAGUUUGACAUGAUGGUUACCUUCGUUCACAAGGAAUUAACCGGAAUAUCAUGCUCUCUCGUCUGUUCACAAGAUCUGUUCGACGAUGGAACUGUUCAAUUAAUGGCCGACCGAUUCUCAUGUCUUCUGCAUCACCUGUUCAACUCUGCUCUCUUCUCUAUUGAGAAACAACCUCUUCAUCAAUUGUCGCUCCUUCUUCCACAUGAACAACUGCUCAUUGAUGCCAUGAAAAACAACGAUAGUCACCGACCACCGUCAACAGAUCAAACCAUUUCUCAGCUGUUUUGCGAGAAAGGAUCAAGCUAUUCACAAAAAGUGGCUGUUGAUCUGGAUGAACAGUCCCUCACAUAUAGUGAACUGUUAGUCUACGCUCAACACUUGGCUGUUGUUCUCAUAGACACACAUGGUGUGAAGGUGGGUGAUGUUGUGUGUCAAUGUGUCGAACGAAGCAUAUUGAUGGUAAGUUUUUUUGGCGCAUUGUUGGGUGAAGGACGUACGUUUGGACACGCGAUUAUUUGUUGCUUUUGGAGUAGAGUUUUUGUAUUGUUCAAUGACUGGUUCCUUGAAUCGCGUUAA